CAUUCGGACCAUUCAUUCACGUCAUCCACACAUUCAACACAUUCAAUAGACUCAGUCCACUGUCUUAUUGGUCAUCCGCCCUAUGAUUGCGGUUGUAUUAGAGGCUAUCGGUACCCAUUCCUCAACAAUAACCACAUCCACGACAUUCAAAGUCUACAACAAUCAGAGAAUUCAUUGCCGACGAUAUCGAGCAGUACUGAAGAGGAGAGCGAUGCAGAUAUGGGGGUAAAAACGGAAUGCUAUCCUUUGCCAGAUAUCGUCAGUUCUUCGCAAAACAGAACUUUAAUGAAUGAAAUUAUACGAGAAAUUGGUUCAGACCUCAGGAGAAUCAGCAAAGAUUUUAUCACAACACGAGACCAAAAUUUCUGUUUUGCGAAGAAC